CAAAUGCCAGGACAAAGGUUAGAAAACCGUGUGACUGUCGCUCGCAGGGAAGUUUCUCCGUUAGUUUCAGGUAUAGAUAUUAAAGCGUGUUCCUGAAAAAACUCCGCUUGUUUUCUUGGGAGGAAGCGGGUAGAUCCUCCUUUUCAGUUUCUGUAUGAUCCCGGUUUUUUUUUUUUCUACCAGCAGCGUCUCGUGGGUGAAAAGAAAAGAAAAAUAAUAACUGCGCAACAAGUUUUGCAGCCCCCGGUUGUUUUUGAACAGCUGACUGAGCGGCCAUGGCGCUGCGGGAGCCGCGACUGCAGUCCUGCUCAUGAGAGCCGGCCCAGGCCUCCAGGGGGAAGAUGAUCGGCUCCCCGGACCUGCUGGCCUUCACCGGCACCGAGGGCUUCGAGGAGGGGGCGGAGGAGCCGGACCUGCCGGAGGAGCUGUCCGUCCCGCUGUGGGACUGCUGUCACCCCUGGAGCUCCGCAGCGCAGUUUACCAGAGACUUCAUCCUGGUGGCGGAGUUCUCAGAACAGGUGGGUCCAAAGCCUGUUCUCACCGUACCAGAUGACCCGAGAGUCAUCGGCUCUUUUGACCUCAACCACUUCUCUGUCCGCAUCAUGUCCGUGGACUACCAGGCGUCCGGCCCCAGCCACGCCCCCCCGGCCUCACCCGGGCCCCGCUUAAACUUCAGCGAGGACUCCAAGGUGAUCUUGGGGGAUUCGGCAGACGACGCGUUUGCGUAUGUUCACUACCUGACUCUGUAUGACCUGGAGGCUCGGGGCAUGGUGCGUCCUUUCUGCAUGGCCUACGUGUGCUCAGACCAGAUGAAACUGAUAGAGAACUACUCUGAACUGUCGCUGGGCUUCGCUCAGGCGUCUGACAGCCUCAAGACGGGAAACAGACAAGCCUUUUCUGCCGAGUUGCAGAGGAAACUACAAGAAUUUGAUUACAGACGACUGACCCUGCUACAGGAGGCCGAACUUCAGGGGAACACAAAUGGGUCUACAGAAGAGGAAGAGGAAGAGGAUGAGCUUCAAACUGUGGAGCGUUCAAUUUUAAAUCACAGAGAGCUCCUUCGUCAGGUCACAUCCUACCCAAACAGGAAGCUCAAGCAACCCGACUUCCUGCCGUACGACCCAGCCGACUCCCCCACUGAUCCGCCGGCCUUUCUGCCUUCUGAGCCCGUCCCGUCCGUCUCCACCUCCUGCAGGUCAGAGCGGUCUCUGAAGCCGCUGGAGGAGCUCUGCAACGCUUACUUCCUGUCCCUGAUGAAGGAGCAGCUUGCAGAUACAAAACGCCGUUUGUAUGGUGACAGGACCUGCCUGAGAACGGCUCGGAUCACGCAGUCGCUAUCCAGGAGGCUGAAGGUCACAAACUUCCUGUUUGAGCUGUGGAGCCCAGACGACACGGAGGAGGAUGAGGCGGAUGGUGAUGAGUUGGAAGCACAGAGGCCCUCGGACAACAAGAGGGGCACGGCGGCGGUUCAGAUAGAGCCGCAGAGCAUCGAGUCGUUCUUCUCCUGUGUGGAAGAGAUACCAAUUAAACUGGAUGCAGGAGAGGCUGGGAUGGUGGCGGCUGCUGACUCCAGCGCUGCUGUGGAGAUGACGGGGAGUGUGAGCAGCACCGACAGUAUCGAAGUACUCGGGACUGAGAAGUCCUACCGGACUCAACAGGUCAUUGUUGGGUCUGACAGAAGAGAAACACAGGUGGGGAUGAUGGACGUCUGCACUCGACAUGCGACAGCAGACGCAGCUGCCCGCCGCGUGCCGGCCUACGCCAAACGUGCCAACAGCGAGGACAGCAUCGAAGUGCUCAGCACUACCGAGUCCAUCUUCCCCGACGACCUCACAGCCAUAACAGAGGAGGAGGCAGAGCGCCGCCCUCUGACAAACGGCUUUGACAACGAGGACGACUCCCAGACUGAAAGUACCUCUGACAAAGUUCUCCCAGAGGAGAAGACACUAAGCACUACCACUCCAGAGGCUGAAUAUGAAGGGCGUGCUGAGGCAGAGGAGCCUGUGAAAGAAAUACGGGCGGAUGCUGGUGUUACAACCAAAGAGGAUUUAGAUGCCGAGAGGAAAGACGAAGAGCCCACUCAUGAGAAGACGUGCAGACUAAUGCAAGCUGAAGUAGGAGAGGAUUUGACCCCACGGCGUCCGGAGCUCCAUAAGAGGGUUAAGCUGAUACCCAGCCUCCAUGUCAACUUUGCCCCUCCGGUUGCCGAGCCGGAUAUGGAACUGAAGCCUCCGCCGUCCGCUCCGCUGAGGCUGCUGAGUGUAGACGAGGCGUCCGACUGUCCCAGCUUCACCAGCUCCUCCGACCCACCCUCACCAUCUCACGGGAAACGCAUCACCAGCCGCUCUGAUAAGAGGAGGAGGAGGAGGAGGAAGGCAGGACUCCGAGCCCUCAGGUUUAUCAAACAAAACUCAUUUUCCCAGCAUGCCGUGUUCUGUCUCCUGAGCGGUCGACCGCUGGUCGUCAUCGGAGGAGAUGAGAGUUUAGUGAGGAAGCUGGUGGAUGCCCUGAGCCUCUUCCUGCCGGCUCCUGGUCCCGAUGGAAGCGCUGUGAUUCUUUGUUUGACCACUCCCCUCCAGCUAACUGAUCUGCUCCACUGGAGACUGAUAGGAAUACACAGAUCGUCCUCCAGCUCAUCAUCCACAAUUAUUAAUUCUCUGACUCGAUACAGUCGUUAUCUGGCGCUGCUGGACCUGGAUCAGAGGACGCUGCGCGCUCCAUCCUACUCCGGCUCCCUCAUUAGUGCGCUGGCCGAUCCCAACACCGGCAUCGGCCGAGGCAGCACCUACCUGCUCCACCUGGAGAGCUGCUUGACUGAGCUGUCCAACAUGGUGCUGCUGCACACGCUUACACCUACUUUAGAACAUCCAAACGCAGCUGCAGGACACCCUGGUACAGGAGAGGAUUGUCCACGCCCACGACGAUUAUGCAGCAGCGGUGAAAGUGACUCCAGAGUGAUGCACUUCCUGUCCGACCUCCUCAAACAGCACCACGCAGGACGCGGACCAGCGGUUUUAAGAUUCUCCUAUAGCUCAGUGCAGCUUCACAAAAAUACCAGUGCAACAUGAGUGUAUGGUGACCCUCAAUGAAGAGGAAAAAUACAUGAUUUUAACAGCUGCAAAUGAAAUGCAGGACACUUAUUUUUAGACGUUCAGGGAGUGGUUUGCACUAGUGUGUCACUGAAUACUUUUACAUGCUGGCAACUUUGUGGCUAUACCGUUUUUUUUGUAUCACUGUCACAUGCAAACACUGUAACUUAACAUAGUUGAGCCACAAAUGAGUGCACUGUGCAAUUUAACGACCCUGUUCACAUUUGAGAGUACCGGUACCUCUACGGCUUGCAGAUGUUAUAGGCAGGUUGACUGUAAACAGUUAAGUUUGGGAAAAAGUCAUUUCAUUAUUUAUUCAGUUUAGUUCAGCAAGUGUAAAGCUGAAUCAAGAUUACAUUUUCACAGCAAUUGGAUGUGCAUAAUAUUAAUAAGCACCAUACAACUAUGCUGUAAGUUAACUUAUCAUUUAACUGUAAAUCUGGACACAAAUUUGCACUCUUCCUGAAAUCUGUUUUCAUACAGAAGUGGACAAUAUUAAGAAAAAACAUUGGAAGAUUUUCAAAAUAUAAUUUACUACCUCAUUACAAGAUAUGGGUUUUUCAUGCUGUCAAACCUUACAGUGUAUGCAACCUGUUUGAGUCUACAAACACUGAACACUUUAAAAAAGGAGAAAAAUACUGCUUUUUUUUUCUUGCAAUAAUGUACUUCAUUGGUGUAAAUUCAUAGUCAUCCAAGUUGCAGUGGUUCUGAAAUAAGCGUGGUUUGCUUUGCUUGGUUCUUGAAGAAGCUUGUUCAUUUCUAACUGCCUGGUGGGGAGUUCCAGGCUCGUAAACUGCUGUUCGGACAUUCAUUCAUUCUUUCUUUCAAGUCACAUGUCAGCCAGUGACUCACCCAUCCCAUUGAUUAGGUGAAAACUGCUUCUUUUUUUUUUUUUUAAAAAGGUAUUUUCUUAACCAGAGAAAGUAUGCAAUGUUAUGAAUUUAUGGCAGUAUUUUGAGUAAAACCAAAAAUAAAUGACCUGAAUGUAUUUCAUUGGUUAAUUUUGUGCUAUAUUUUUAAUUCAUUUUAGGUUUUGUGAAUUUGAAGCCUGGUUUUCUUCUGUCUCAAAUCAAAGUCUGAAAUGAACACUCAGUUGUUUGUAAAAUUACAAUUUGGUAGGGAAAAGUAGCACAUUUCCAAAAACAGCAACUGUCUGACUUGUCAAAAAUAACUUCCACUUUUUGCAUAAUCUACUUGCCUCAGUCUCGGCAGUAGACAUUUUCUUAACAUUACAGUUGAUACAUUUUUCAGCAUUAUAAUGUGAUCAGCUAAAACAGGCUUAAAAAUGUGCCAUAUUAGCUUUAAACUUUAAAUUCAUAAAGAGCGUGCUAAUUAAAACAUGUGAUUUGCUGCAAUAAAACUAUUUUAAAUCACAAACUGCAGUAAUUCAAAUGUCAGAAAAUAAUCAUGUUUAAUCAUGUUAAUUUAUGAUUUUAAAAUAUUUUCUGUGUAUGAUUACUCGGAAAAUAAAGCCAUACGUACAAUCUGAGAAACAGUUCAAAGAAUAAAUACUUUUAUUUUAUCAAAGAUUCUUGUUAACUUUCUUUUCGGCUUCUUUACCAAUAUGAACUCUGAUGAAAAUAUAGAAUAAACGCAAAUAUCUAGAAGCACUUGUGGAAACAAUCAUUCAAUAUUGACAUCUGAAAAAUGAUUGGCACAAAAGGUAAAAAAGCAGGAGGAACGAAGAUGCUCCCUUUAGAAAAUUGGGGAGGGUGUUUUUGAAGUAUUUAAUGCUGGCAGCACCUGGUCUGUGCAUACAGGUGCAGGAAGUUGGCAACCCUUCACAGUAUUCACCCGAAUGUAGAGCACACACUUCUGCAACAGGUGGACAGGUCCCCGAAGACGUGCAAAUCAGGAAAUACUCCAGUCACUAAGAAGACAUAAAAAAAGACCAGUA